GCAGUGGACCAACAGGGCUCUCAGAAGAAGACCAUAUCUGAGCCAAGGUCCGAUGCAGAACGGGGAGGCUAUGAGCCCACAGGACUCCAAGGCAGCAGGAGCCGAGGCCAUGGAACACCUGAAGGCCCAGAACCAGAGCCAGAACCAUGCUUGCGUGGAGCCAACAGCACCUCCUCUCCCUCCUCCUCCUUCACCGCCACCACCAGGGCCGCCAGAAUACCGACCCAGGCUUAUCUUCCACACACAGCUAGCUCAUGGGAGUUCAACAGGCCGCAUCCAUGGAUUCACCAACGUCAAGGAGCUCUACACCAAAAUUGCAGAAGUUUUCAACAUUUCCCCUUCUGAGAUCUUGUUCUGCACCCUUAACUCUCAUAAAGUGGACAUGCAGAAGCUCCUGGGGGGGCAGAUCGGACUAGAAGACUUCAUCUUUGCUCAUGUAAGAGGCGAAACCAAAGAAGUGGAGGUCACAAAGACAGAGGACGCACUGGGCCUAACUAUCACAGACAACGGAGCUGGAUAUGCUUUCAUUAAGAGGAUAAAGGAAAGCAGCACCAUAGACCAGCUGAAGACAGUUUGUGUUGGUGAUCACAUCGAAGCCAUCAAUGACCAGAGCAUUGUGGGGUGUCGACACUACGAGGUGGCUAAGAUGCUAAAAGAGCAGCCGAGAGGGGUACCCUUCACUCUACGCCUGGUCGGGCCGAAGAAGGCCUUUGACAUGAUUGGAAUGAGGACCAGAGCGCCCAAAUCGAAUGAGGGCAAGAUGGUGAACGGGAGGGAGACGCUGCGUCUGCGCUCUAAAGGCGCUGCUACAGUUCAAGAAGUGCAAAAUGAAUUUGAAGAACAGGCCACCAGGAAGGUGGACGACCUGCUGGAGAGCUACAUGGGUAUCAGAGAUCUGGAGCUUGCAACCACCAUUGUGGAAGCAGGAAAGGACAAGAAGAACCCUGAUGACUUUGCUGAAGCCUUGGACUCAGUCCUGGGAGAUUUUGCCUUCCCUGAUGUGUUUUUGUUUGAUGUUUGGGGAGCUAUUGGGAUUUCAAGAAUGGGAAAAUGUAGGUAUUUAACACCCCAUUUACACCAGAGAGGAAAGACCACUGUUCUAUACCACAUUAGACUUGAAACUAAGAAUUUGUUGAUGCUUUUUAUGUUGCCUUCCCACCAAACUGCAUUUAGCAAGCAAUAUUGUUCACAGGGGCCUAAAAAGGCCAAGCGCAUCACGACAGCACAAAAGAUCUGAAUCAUCAAUCAUCAUUAACAGCAAAUACACAAGACCAUAUAAUACAAGAACAGAGGCGUUUCGCGAAUGAAAAACCAAAGAAACUCAUUUACAGCAAAGGUGCAUUACAUAAGGUAUCAAUGCAAAGUACACUCCAGAACCCUGUAACACACAUUUAUUACAGAAUGUUUUUGCUGUUGAGUUUGUUUUGACUCUUGUAUUUUGGAAUGAGCUUCGUCUUUAGAUAUACAGUAAUGGUUUUUCAAUUGGAAAAGUUUGGGCCAAAUGCAGCAGGAUUGCCCUCUCUGACCACUAGAUGUUUAGUGGAAAAAGGUGAAAGAAAAAUUGCCUGUCUAAGAUAAUGAGUAAAGGGAAUGUUUUAAGGGCUCUCUACUAUUUACAUAACAAUCAUUAAGUUAAGGGCAUGUGAACAAUGUAACUGGAACACCAAUGCUAAACAAUCAGCCAGCAAUCUCUGAAUCAAGGAAGUUAGAUAAGCUUCAGUGCAUGUUUGUCCUGUGAUGAAAUCAUACUGGGGAAGAAACAGGACGGGACCAAGGAGACAUUUCUGGGUCAUCUCAACGUCAGACUGUAUCUUUUCACUCGGCCAUUUGACCAAUUACCUUUAUAAGCUUGAAAUCUUCACAUGGUCUCCAAGUACUUUAGGUUAAUGUGCGCUAGCAUUUGUCACAAUAUUAUCUAUAGAGAAUUAGUUGAAGAAAAGGCCUCAGACAAAUGAAACAUUUAAAAUAAAUCUGUAAUUCAAUAACAUCCUAUCAUUAACUGGAAUUUUAUUUAAAUUCUGAAAAAGCAAUCAUCCGAGGAGAAACCUCAAGGGGCAUUCUCCAGCUGCUGCUAUGUGACCCCAUUAUUCCCAAAUAUCCAUAAGAGUCAGACAGAAACCAAAACCAUAACUUCCCACAACAAAAAUAAAAACCUUGCAAGCCAGGUUUAUUUUCUUUGGGGUCCAUACCAUACAGAGUUUUCCUGUAAAAAAAAUCUCAAUGCAAACGGAAUUGCUUUCUGCUUCUGCCAGUGAUUUACAGGACUCUUCUGGGGUUUCUUCUAGUGUGUAAAUACACUAGGUGAGGUCAUUGAAGCUCUUCUAAGGUUCAAUGUGAUGCUCUCUGUUUCUUUUGCUGCAUUGGAGAGUUUUAAACAUUACAAGACAAAAAAGGAAGAAUCAAACGACAUGUUUGAGUUUGAUCGUUCUGUUUUCUGUCUCAUUAACAAAAGUCACAUCCUUUGCAUGGAAUCCAGUUCACACUGACCUGCCAACAUUGGGAAUGUAAUUAGACUCAACCUCUCAGAAAGUGAUGUUUUGUUUUUGACACUUUGUAUAUGGU